CAUUAUUCUCGAGCUGAACGUCUGGUGACGUCGUAGCCGUUGUAAGUAGUACAAGGUGUUAGUGACGUGUUUGUGGUGACGUCAUGAUGGUAUCAACACUCUCGCUAUUCUGGCCCUCGUAUAACUGUAUAGCACAUACCAUUAUGUGCAGUAGAUAAUACUUGACAACGAUAAUAACAAUCUGUGUUUAUGUCAGAACGUUUUAUGAUGUUUGUACAAGCACGGCACUGCCUAACGAACCAUUUCUGACAAAUCUCUCCGUCGUUGAGCCACGCACGACUCUUUGUACUGUUAUCAUAAUCAUCAUCCUUUGUAAAACCUGAUUCCUCCACAUAAUGAGGCUUAAUGCUUUCUUAUAUGGGACAGACAAACAAAUUUCCCCCACAAAAUACUUCAUAAUAAUAAUAAUGUUGCAGCGACUUACAUCAGCGACUGGUAAAGACACAACCUGUUGUUAUUUUACCUGAGAACAAACACCAUUACGAUGGAACAAUUUUUUCUUGAUUCAGUUUAUGAGUCAGUAUUACGAAGCAUAUCACAAGUAGUAGUACUAUCGCUCGUGGGUAGCUAGCAUUGCUGAUUACAAUGAACCAGGGAAAUAGCCCAUGUUUUUAUGUGGAAUGAAAUUCUCGUACUUCAUGGUGUUGUCUAAUCUAAUCCAAGCACAUUUCACCUUAUCGUCAUCAGCAGGCUUGUAGUGUUGUGGUUUUUAUUCCAUCGGAUGGAUUUACAUUUCACCUGUUAUCUGUUUUCGUCCAGUGGAUGGUGGUCUGACAGGACGGUAUCAGUCGCAUAGUACCCGUGUACCGAUGCACUGCACCACCACACUGACAUCAUGACAGAGAUGUGACAGACGGGUAGUUCUUCCUAACACCUGGCCGAGGCCGACAUCACACAACCUGAGGUGUUUUUAUUAUGAACUUGCUUCAUCUAAUGUUACAAACAGUCUGUACAAAACAGCGGAUGUAUCAAGGACAGAUCAUUAAAGUAGGAAUUGGCCGGAGAGCCUUGGACAAAAUUUCUUGAAACGGAUACACUUCACGACCAGGUCACCAAUCCAGGGACAGUCUUGAUGAAAUCACAGAAUUCCUGAGAUCCUGGGGCACUGUCUUCGUGGAGACGUUUGUUGUGCUGGAGGAGACAUCUGCACUGCAAACGGGUUUAAGCCUUUGUUGAGCAUAUCACGAGACUUGAUAUAUAUAUAUAUAACACUUAUUCCAGCAAUGAGCACUACAUACAGCACAAGACAUGAACUUGCCGCACAAGACCCUCUGACUCAGCCUCCCAGCUCAGCAAAUGACUAUGUUGAGUACGAUGGUGAUGUCAUGUUUAGUAAGAAAGGGGCCUUGGGUCUGUUGAACACUCCUCUCAACGCUCCCGAGCCCUCGCUGGAGUCCGUGACGCACAGACCCUUGCUGGGCUCGACAGACUCGGCGGACCUCGGCUGGAUCAUCCCUGUCGCCCUCGUCGUCAUCGUCGCCAUGGUGGGCUUGGCCCUGGGCUGCUAUUUCGGCAUCCGGGCUCUGGAGAUGCGCAUGUUGGGAUGGUGUUAUCGGAAAUGUGGAUGUUGCUGUGAGCAAGGCGCUUCAGGGACACGGCUUCUGAGUGGCGAGCGCUAUGGUAACCUGAAGGAAGAAGAUGAAACCAGACAUCGCAAGGAUGACGUCCGGUUGAAAGAUUUCCGUCAGAUGUCACCAAACUACAGCGGCAGUAGUCCUGUCUCCAAAAGCAUCGUAGACUUCAACCCCUUUGACGAGGACUAGUGACCUCUGUGGCGAGGGGCCAGAUGUUUGUCAGUAGGUCUGUACACAGGAGUCGGACAUCAACACCUCAAAGUGCCAAUGUUGUCAGUGGUGUCAACUGCUUCCAUUGGUUGUCAGCAGCCAAGGUGUUAUUUCCUCUCUCUCGCUGUUAAUGUUCUAGAGAUAACGUAGCUGAAAAAAGGGGUUAGACAUAUUGGAUCACGUUGAACCACGUGACUUGAGACGUUGGGUGUCGUUAAAUGAAAUGUGUAUAUCACAAACUCGCGCCAAGUGACUUAAUAUGCGUCAUAAGCUGACAAGAAGAAAACAAAUGUGACAAUCCGGGUAUUUUAUCUUUCUGCUCACUGCUUUCGUGCUUUUAUCUUCUUUGCUCACAUGACGGCGGCUACUGCCAUCUACAACACUCCUGACCCGCUCAACUUGUUCUCCUGUAGAUGCUUUCCUGCAGAUUUACUUGACCGAGAACUACGGAUUUUAUUUGGCUUCUGGAAAAUGCCAAAGAAGCAUUGUUUAGAAUUGUAAGGCACUUUCGAGUGGUUUUUUUUUUGUUUUUUUUUUUUUUUUUUUCUCGAGGCACAAUCCAGUCAGCCGUGCAGCAAUUGGUUGCAAAACCCGGGAUUUUUACGAUGGGCUACAUCGAUAUUGUAAAGAAAUGACAAAAAACACUCUUUUCGUGUGUGUGUGUGAGUGAGUGAGAGAGUAAAAUGAUUAUAACUGUAAAUAAGUAUUUAUUUGAGAUGCAAAACUCGGAAAGCAAACUAUUUUAAAAGAUUGGUGAUGGUGUGUUUCCCUGUUCUGGUGCACACUAACUCCUGUCCAAGAGUUGCCUUGCAUGAAACGUCUGUCAGUAGAUUUGGCAGCUUGAGUGUGUCACUGACUGACUGACUGACUGACAGACUGUCUCUAUCCAGAAAAGAAUAGCACAUACAUGCACGCUGACACACACUCUCUCAUCACACACACACUCGUUGCCAUAUAAACACUGUCACUCACCAUGCACACGUGCUCUAGAUGCCUUCUCUCUCUCUGUCUCUCACACACACACACGUACAAUACACUCAAGCCGUCUCUGUCUCUCUCUAUAGCGCACACACACGUACGCAGACACAAAUGUUGUCAGAAAAGUUCGUUAGGUUCGAGUGGUGGUGUUCCCGAUGAUCGUCGAUGUUUACUUGCUGAUUACAUGCGAUGAUUGAUGUCGGUAUCUGCUGCAUGUAGCUGGGAAAAAUUAAAUGACUUACUUUGAUGAUAUUACUUUU